AUGAAGAGCCAAAGCCAGGCUGUGUUGAAAUUUGAAAGCUAUGGAGUGUGGAGCAAUGUGUAUAAUAAUAAUGCGACCUCAUCCUCCCAGUACACAUGGGUCUUUAAUCGCCUCGACUGCAACCAAACGUGUCUCUUUUCUUCAGAGUCUCCUACUAAUCCAUUCCUCAGGUGCAUUGACAUUAAGUUGGUUUCAGAGCUCUUUCACAAAAAAGGGGCGUUGGUCUGUAUAGAUGGCACUUUUGCCACACUUACUCAGGUUAUCAAUUACUGUAAAGACCAAGCAAGUACCAGUAUCUUAUUUCAGGUCCCUGCUGGUUGCAUUAGCGGUUCCAUGAAAUUGAUUUCAGAAAUUCGUACUUUGCAUCAUAUUUUGGGUGGUGCGCUCAACCCGAAUGCUGCGUACCUGAUCAUUCGAGGCAUGAAGACCUUGCAUCUUCUUGUGCAACAACAGACUUCAACAGCAUUGAGGAUGGCCAAAAUUUUAGAGGCACAUCCUAAGGUGGCACACGCCUACUAUCCUGGUUUGCCUAGCCAUCCUGAACAUCAGCUUGCCAAGAGGCAGAUGACUGGUUUCGGUGGUGUUGUCAAUAUUGAGAUUGAUGGAGACUUGAUGAGAACCAUUAAAUUCGUGGAUGCACUGAAAAUCCCAUAUAUUGCUCCAUCCUUUGGUGGCUGUGAGAGCAUUGUGGAUCAGCCAGCCAUGAUAUCUUACUGGGAUCUCAGCCAGUCAGAUAGGAUCAAGUACGGGAUGAAGGAUAACUUGGUCCGUUUCAGCUUCGGAGUCGAAGACUUUGAAGAUCUCAACGAUGAUUUACUGCAGGCCCUGGAGACCAUAUAG